UCUGUAAUUUGCCCCAAAUCUCAGACCUAGGGUUUCACUUGCAAACCUUCUUCUUCCGAAAAGGUUGAUUGCAAAAGAAUAUCGUAACUUUGAAGAAAAUGAAGCCCAUUUUUUGCGGAAACCUGGAUUUCGACGCAAGACAAUCUGAUGUUGAGAGGCUUUUCAGAAAAUACGGGAAGAUUGAUAGAGUUGACUUGAAGUCUGGAUUACUUGGAAAGUUGGAAUGUCCAUGGUCUUCUUGGAUGGAUGUGCUUCUCUGCAUUUCUUUAUAGAAUGUGCCCCCGCUUCUCCUUCUUGUAUUUUUCCAGAAGAAAUAUUCUGAUCUGCCUUAGCCCUGCCAUUCUGCAUUCCCUCAACAUUCAUUGCUUUUUCAUUCCUCAUGAGUUUUGCUCAGUGUUCAAUUUCCGACAUGUUUCAACAUAUGAACCAUGAUGAUUUCGCAACUGUGGCAGGGUUUGCUUUUAUCUACAUGGAGGAUGAACGUGAUGCCGAGUAUGCAAUCAGACGACUUGAUCAAACAGAAUUUGGUAGAAAAGGGCGCCGGAUUCGUGUUGAGUGGACUAAGCAAGAACGUGACAACAGAAGGUCUGGUGGUGAUUCAAAAAAAUCUUCAACUAAUACAAGACCAUCGAAGACUUUGUUUAUCAUAAAUUUUGAUCCCGUUCAUACCAGGUCAAGGGAUUUAGAGAGACACUUUGAUCCCUAUGGGAAAAUAUCAAAUAUAAGGAUCAGAAAGAAUUUUGCUUUUAUCCAAUUUGAAACCCAGGAGGAAGCCACUAAAGCUUUGGAAGCUACUAACCUGAGCAAGUUUAUGGACCGUGUUAUCACAGUUGAGUAUGCUAUAAGAGAUGAUGAUGUCAGAAAGGAUGGAUACAGUCCUGAUAGAAGAGGUCGCGACUCCCCUGAUGGGAGGUACGGUCGUGGCAGAUCCCCAAGUCCUUAUCGUAGAGGUAGGGGUAGCCCUGACUAUGGUCGUGGAUCGAAUCCAGCUUCUAGACCAGAGCCAAGAGGAAGCCCCAAGUAUGAACGAGCUGAAAGCCCAAUGAAUGGAAGAUAUGAUAGCCGAUCUCCCCCACCUCGAGAUAGGUCACGAGAUAUGUCACGAGAUAGGUCACGAUCCUGAGGAGUAGCUGAAUAGAACUGUGUGUGAAAUUAUUGCUGGACCAUUUUCAUUUCAUUCCUUCUUAUGUUACUCCAUAGUUUGGCAGCAGAAAAACUCAGACUUAUUUAUUGUAUUUACUCUUAUGUUUGGUUAGGAUCUAGAUGUGCGAUGUGCAAAGACAUUAUAUAUUAAUAUUAGGUAUAUAGUUGUGUUACUUAUCAAGUUUUAUGUUUUUUUAUUGAAAAAUGAUUUAUUUAACCUUACUUUGAA